AUGGCAUGGAAUCGGUGUCGAUUCGAUCAAUAUCGAGUACGAGGAGGAGGAGACCAGCGACAAGAUGUUGAAGAAGAAAGGAUAAUGCGUAUCGGCAUAUUGAUUCUCUCCUCCUCCUCCUCUUCAGUCCCAAUUUCAAGACCAAAACCAAACCCUAGUAAUCUCUUCUCUGUAGCUCAUCGACCUUCUAUUUCAUUCAAAUGGGUCGCUAAUUGUAGAAACCCUAGCAUCUCCAUUCUCCAACCUAUAAGAAGCUCCCCUAGCUCUAAUCCCUCCUCCUCCUGUAAUGGCGAAAGCCAAAACUCUUAUGCUUCAUCGAGAAUUUUCAUCAAGGGACUAUCACGCUCAACCUCUGAGGGAGUUUUGGUGAAGAUCUUUUCCACUUUUGGAGAUAUCAGAAAAGUUAAGGUAAUUACAAGCAAGGGCUCUAAGGAAUCUUUGGGAUUGGCGUAUAUAUGGUUUGCUCAUGAAGAAGAUGCACUGUCGUCGGUAAAGGAGAUGGAUGGAAAGUUUGUUGAUGGAAGGUUCAUUGCUGUAAUGAUGGCAAGACCAGAAGGCCCUUCCAAGCAAGUGAGAGCUCUGCCCUACAAAUUUCGAUAAAAAAAUCUUGAAAUUGGUGUGCAUCUUCGUGAGUACACUGUCCUUUCCACUUUAGGAGAUAAGGAAGAUAUUGGAGCUUUUUGCAAACAGUUAUUGGUAGCAAAUGAUACUUUUUUGUUUGCUUUCGGCUUAAAUCACUAUAGCUUACUCAUGAACAGAAAGUAAAUUACAGCGUAUUAUCUGGAGCAUGUGUAGUUUGGAGCAUAUAUUCAUUCAAUCUCUGAACUAUUGGUUGAUGGUGGUCCUAAUGGAAUAUGAUCUAUUUCCUCA